UUGUUCAGGGGAACGACAAGGACACAACAACUAGUUGAACAGGCAAAAAGUGUGUUCAAGAAAUGGUAUCGCUGGCUCUUUGGAGGAUGCGUUUCUAAGUAUUUCGCAGAUGCAUUCACCAGUCUAUGGAAUGGUGGUAUGGGUUACGACGUGAUCGAUCUGAUAAACAAAAAACCCGACUAUGAUAUAUGGAUUACUGGACACUCUCUUGGAGGUUCAAUGGCAUCUUUGGCAGCAUCGUACAUUUUGGGAGCUGAUUUUGCAACACCGCAACAAGUAAAGUUGGUGACUUUUGGCCAACCAAGAACGGGAGAUGAUGAAUUUUCCGCUCUACAAGAGUCACAGUUCUGUAUGUUGAAACGAGAAAAUGUGGGCGACACAGUAUAACA